AUGAAGAUUCAAUUCAACAUAAGGGAUUUAAGGUAUACUGAUAAUGGUAGAGAGCUCAAUAAACAGCUUUCGGAUUGGUUGGCUGCGGUUCCUUUUGAGUCAUCAUCAUCAAAACCAGUCAAAGCCAUCAUCUCGCCACAUGCUGGCUAUUCCUAUUGUGGUAAUACUGCGGCCUAUGCUUACAAACAAAUUGCUCCUGAAGGAAUAAGUACGGUUAUUGUCCUUGGUCCUUCUCAUGUUGUUUGCUUAAAUGGUUGUGCCUUGUCAAAUUUUUCCUGUUAUCGUACUCCCAUUGGCGAUCUUCCUUUAGAUAAAAAGGUUAAUGCGGAAUUACGGGAAACUGGCUUAUUUGAUACAAUUGAUGUCAGGAGUGAAGAAAGUGAACAUAGCAUUGAAAUGCAAUUGCCCUUCAUUGCUAAAAUUAUGGAGAAAAAACUCGGUAGUUUCGGUAUCGUUCCUGUUUUGGUUGGUUCCGUACCAUCUUGCAAACAAGUUAUAUAUGGGAAAAUUUUCGCAAAAUAUCUUGCUGAUCCUUCAACGUUUAUUGUUAUAAGUUCCGACUUCUGUCAUUGGGGUCAUCGUUUUCAUUUUGCUCCAUAUACGGCAAACACGGAUGUACCGAUAUAUGAGCAGAUUGCUUUUCUUGACAGACAGGGCAUGGAUGUGAUAUCACGGCUUCAGCCAAAUGCUUUCAAUGAUUAUUUAAAAAAAACUCAGAACACUAUUUGUGGUAGAAAUCCCAUAUCAAUUUUGUUGAAUGUUAGUUUAUUGUUUCCUUACUGGAUUUAUCUUUAUUUAUUUCUUUACAUGUAA